AACACGCAUCAUCAUGUUGGCAACUCCUUUGCGCCAGCUGAGCAGCCUGAAGCUUCCCACUGCGAUGGUUAAAGAGCAGAGCCAACAGUACGAGAUUACCAACAAGGGAUAUGGCAAGGAUGCUGUCAAAGUGAUGCACAUCAAUCGCAAGGGUCUAGUGCACAGCAUACAGGAGCUGGAGGUGGGCACACAUCUGAAGCUCUAUAGCAACAAGGACUAUAUGCAGGGCAAUAACUCGGAUGUGGUAGCUACUGAUUCCCAGAAGAAUACAGUCUAUCUGCUGGCCAAAAAACAUGGCAUCGAGAGUCCCGAAAAGUUCGCUUUGCUCUUGGCCAAUCAUUUUCUAAAGACGUAUGCUCACGUGGAGGAGGCCCAUGUGCAUGUCGAGGCGUAUCCAUGGCAGCGCAUGGGACAUGAUAAUUGCCAAGAUAAUAACGGUAACAACAAUUCGGAAUUAAGUGGCAAUCGGCUGCUGCACAACCACGCCUUCAUCUUUACGCCCACGGCGAUGCAUUACUGCGAUGUGAUUUUGACACAGAAUGAUCCCAAGCAGACUGUCAUGAGUGGCAUCAAAGGACUGCGCGUCCUGAAGACAACUCAAUCUUCAUUUGUGAACUUUGUGGACGACGAGUUCCGCACGCUGGCAGAUCAGCACGAUCGCAUCUUCAGCACUGUCGUGGAGUGUUCCUGGGAGUACUCAGACACGAAGUCAGUCGAUUUUCUGCAUGCCUGGCAGACGGUCAAGGAUAUUGUGCUGAGGAACUUUGCCGGCGAUCCUCGCGUGGGCAUCCCCUCACCCUCGGUGCAGCAUACGCUGUAUCUCAGCGAGAAGCAGGUGCUCGAUGUGCUGCCACAAGUGUCUGUCAUCUCAAUGACCAUGCCCAACAAGCACUACUUCAAUUUCGAUACGAAGCCUUUUCAAAACCUGGUGCCAGGCGAGAACAAUGAGGUCUUCAUACCGAUCGACAAGCCACAUGGAACCAUCUAUGCUCAGCUCUCCCGCAAGAGUCUCAAAAGUCAUCUGUAA